AUGUCGUCUCAGCAUAUCUCUCUCCUCACAGCGACCGACGCCCGAUCCCAUAUACAUCUCGUUGUUGGCUCGAACCCACUGGCUGCGGCCCGCUGCACUCAGUCGCUGAGCGUAGGCGCAUUACCAAUACUGCUCGCUCCCGAAACAGCAGAGCUGCACUAUACUCUACAGAAACUCAUUGAUGAUGGCAAAUUGAAACGGAUCAGCAGAACGUUCGAGGACGGCGAUCUCCUCUCACUGGGCAGAGAAGAAGUAAGCCAUGUUGUGGAUGCUGUCUUUGUAACCUCUGCACCUCGCGACUCCCAAAGCGCACACAUUGCGACCUUGUGCAAGCGACAUCGCAUCCCCGUCAACGUCGUUGACUCGCCCCAACUCUCGAGCUUCAGCCUCCUGUCUUCGCAUACGGACGGUCCGCUACAGAUUGGUGUUACUACGAAUGGGCGUGGAUGCAAGUUGGCAUCAAGGAUACGUCGCGAAAUUGCUGCGUCCUUGCCACCAGACUUGGGCUUGGCCUGCGUGCGACUCGGCGAUGUGAGGCGCAAGAUACACGAGGAGGACCAACUGCUACAUAACUCACUGGCAGACGGUGAAGACUUGGACGAUUCUACAGAUCAGUCUGCAUCGUUCAACAAGCUGGUCACAGAGGCGGAUCUGGAUGCUGCCAAGAACCGACGCAUGCGCUGGUUGAGUCAAAUCUGCGAAUACUGGCCCCUGAAACGCCUUGCUGCUGUCAGCGACGACGAUGUAGACGCCAUAUUGAAAUCGUAUCCAGGAACAAUUGGAGCGCCAGAAUCCGUUGGCAAGCCUGCGGCUCCCGUGGAUCUCGCCUCGCGAGGUCGCGUUAUCCUCGCCGGUUCCGGUCCUGGACACCCGGAUCUCUUGACCCAAGCUACACACAAAGCGAUCCAAUCUGCAGACUUGAUCCUUGCAGACAAGCUUGUGCCAUCGGGCGUCCUUGACUUGAUUCCCCGCCGCACCCCAGUGCAAAUCGCGCGCAAGUUUCCAGGCAAUGCCGAUGCUGCUCAGGAGGAGCUUCUGGAGAUGGCUCUGACAGGUCUACAAGAGGGCAAGACUGUCCUGAGGUUGAAGCAGGGAGAUCCGUACAUUUACGGGCGAGGUGGUGAGGAGCUUGCCUUUUUCCGCAAGCACGGUCUGGGCGAUCGGGUGGUUGUCCUUCCGGGAAUCACCAGCUCGCUGUCUGCGCCUCUGUUUGCCGGGAUACCACCCACCCAGCGCGAUGUGGCGGACCAGGUGCUCAUAUGCACAGGCACUGGAAAGAAGGGCAAGGCUCCGGCCCCGCCAGAAUAUGUUGCAAGUCGUACUGUCGUAUUCCUCAUGGCGCUGCAUCGUAUCUCGGGGUUGGUGCAGGAAUUGACCCAGUACACGGAAGCCGAGACGUCGUUGCCCACUGGCGGAUCCGAUGACGAGUCGAAAUCUGUACGACCAUCUAGGGCACUCUGGCCGCUGAGCACGCCAUGUGCAGUCAUCGAACGUGCGAGCUGUCCCGACCAGAGAGUCAUCAGGACAACCCUGGGUAGCGUGGUGGAGGCCAUUGAGCAGGAAGGCAGCCGGCCGCCAGGCCUUUUGGUUGUCGGCAACGCCUGCGAAGCCUUGUACACGAGGGAAAAGGGCCGGAGCUGGCUUGUUGAGGACGGCUUUCGAGGACUUGAUUUGGGCGACCAAUUGAGCCUAGGACUGUUGGGAGCAGUUGCAGCAUGA